AUGUCCUUCUCCAAAAUAUUUGUUGCUCAACUUUCUGAUCCACUCGAUGCUGAAGGUCGAGGUGCACGACGGAUAAUUGUGUCGAGUGAAGCCCUAAAAGGCACAAAGCUCACCGCCGGUGAUCCUGUGGCCCUCGUCGCCGCCCAAAUAUCUAAUUCUACCGGUACAAGGAGGGCGUUCGCAGUGGGAUCUUUGUGGCCUUCCCAAGAGCUAGAGUCCAACCUUAUCCAGGCUUCAAUAUCUGUGCUAGCCACUGCCCAAGUAGGCGAAAAUAGCAAAGUGCAACUCUAUCCACUGAACCCGUCACAACCCCAAAAACUUCCUUCUUGGAUUCCGAACCUGAAGCAUGUAAAGGAGGCUGGAAAUGUCCGUUUGAAAGAACUCAACAACGCCGACGAGCCAGGUCCAUCUGUACCCAAGCUGAAGGCCACAGAUAAGCAAAAGCGGCAAGACUGGCUGACGUUGCUUGUUCGCGAAUUGCUUAGUACGUCUCUCAUGGACCGACAGUUUACUUUUGACUUGAAGUACGUCACGGCUUCUCAGAUUGUGGAGGUUCCGUAUGAGGGCCGUACACGACGAUUCAGUGUCAGCUCGAUCUCGCGCUCGACAGCCGAGGGUGAAGGUGAUCCUGUUACAGACCUUGCGGAAGGGUUAGACUCCCUUUCUGUGGGAUCACUACCGCCGCUUUCUACCGUCAGCUGGCAGACGACCGUUACUCUUCAGGAUACGGCUAAACAGACGAAGUUGUUGGAGAAGAAAGAAAUCGAGAUACUGGGUCCAUCUGCUAGUCCCCAAGCCUACGUCUCAGUCGGAGGUCUGGACAAGCAAAUCGCGCAAAUCCGUGACUUGAUUGAAAUUCCAUUGACUCGGCCCGAUCUCUUUCGACAUUUUGGUCUCAAACCUCCUCGUGGAUUACUCCUUCACGGACCACCGGGUACAGGAAAAACACACCUAGCUCGGGCGAUAGCAGCAUCGACUCAAUCCUCCGUCCUCAUCGUCAAUGGCCCAGAACUCACGUCUGCGUAUCACGGAGAGACAGAGGCAAGCCUGAGAAAGGUCUUCGCGGAUGCACGGGCCAAGGCCCCGUGUAUCAUCGUUUUGGACGAGGUGGACGCAAUUUGCCCUCGUAGGGAAGAAGGCGCCGGAGGUGAAGUCGAGAAGCGCGUUGUAGCGACUCUCCUCACUGAGAUGGAUGGCGUCGAGGGAGAUGUGGAUGCCAGAGUCGUUGUUGUGGCGACGACUAAUCGUCCGAACGCUAUUGACCCUGCCUUGCGCCGUCCAGGCAGGUUUGACCGUGAAAUAGAAAUAGGUAUUCCAGAUCUAGAAGCCCGCAUUUCGAUUAUGAACGUGCUCCUUUCGAAGACGCCACACACCGUCUCUCCCGAAGAACUCAGAGCAGUCGCCUCUAGAGCACACGGCUACGUUGGCGCAGAUCUUGCUGCAGUCGUCCGCGAAGCAGGGACGCUCGCGAUAAAACGAUACAUAUCCUCUUCAACAUCCACAGAAUCGUUAUCACCUACCUCUAUACACUUGACCUCUUCUGACCUCGAUGCUUCGCUUCCUACCAUACGACCAUCUGCUCUUCGAGCCCACUUCCUCGACAUGGCCCCCGUACGAUUCUCCGAAAUUGGCGGACUCUCGUCUACCAUCGCUCGUCUACGCGAAAGCGUAGAAUGGCCUCUGAUUCAUGGUGCCACCCUAGCUCGACUGGGUGUGACUGCGCCCAAGGGGGUACUGCUCUGCGGACCUCCAGGUUGCAGUAAGACUGUUCUCGCUAGGGCAACAGCAACUGAGAGCGGAGUAAACUUCGUGGCUGUCCGGGGACCCGAGUUGUUGAAUAAAUACGUAGGCGAGUCUGAGAAGGCUGUGCGGGAGAUCUUUCGUAAAGCACGAGCGGCAGCACCGUCAAUCAUAUUCUUCGACGAAAUUGAUGCUUUAGCUAUCAGUCGUUCUUCAGGAUCGGAGGGAGGUUCUCAUGAGGGCGUUCUCACCAGUCUUCUCAACGAGAUGGAUGGAGUGGAAGAACUUGUGGGUGUUACCGUGGUUGGCGCUACGAACAGGCCGGAAGUCAUCGAUCCUGCCCUCAUGCGUCCCGGUAGACUGGACCGAAUUUUGUACGUCGGACCGCCAGACCACGCAGGACGCAUUGAAAUCCUCAAGAUCCGUAUGCGGAAGAUGAGCGUCGACCCUGAUGUGGAUUUCGAAGAACUCGCAACUUUGACUGACGGCUGCUCUGGCGCUGAGAUCACAUCGAUGUGUCAGGAAGCUGCCCUUCUGACCAUGCAAAAAGACCUAGAAGCGGCAUAUGUGCCUCAUUCUGCCUUUGUCGCUGCUUCGCGGAAUAUCAAAAAACAAAUCACUCCAGAGAUGUUGCAGAGAUUUCAGCGUUGGAGAGGAGAUAGUGGUGUGGUUAGCAUAUAG